AUGCUGAUUACUGUCUGCUUAUUCAAGGUAGCUAUUGCGAAUCAGGAUUUGGCCAACAGCGAGCUUCAGACCCGAGUGCCAUAUAUGGGAUUUCUGGCCAACACAACAUACUUUAUGUGUUUUGAAUAUGGAUUUGAAACACGAUUAGCAGGACUAAUAAUAUCCGGAGCUUGUGUGCUGUUUAUUGGGUUGAUUAUGAUGCUUUAUCUCAAGCUAUAUUUUCAACUACAUCAGGAUGCGACAAAAUUUUCUAUAAAAACCCACAAGAUGCAGGUAAUGCUCUUCAAUGCAACCACUUUUCAAAUUUUAAACUACUUUGUGACCGGUAUUGUGCCGUUAUUAUGCGCGGCUAUGGCGUUUUAUGUUCAGUUUGAGUUUGGGGAAGAGACGGCGAUGAUAUCGGAAAGUGGCAUGGUCUUACAUGGGAUUAUCGACUACUUUUGCGUGGUAUACUUUAUAACACCGUACCGAAGGGUGGUGAUGCGAUGGCUGGGGUUGAGGAGGAAUACGAUUGUUGGCAAGAGCUGGCUUAUCACUAGCUCUGGGAAUUUCGUCAUGAAAUCGACUGCCGUUUUUGUUGUGAAGCAAAGUGCUGUGAGAUUAGGAUAA